AUGGAGGAAAAGAUGGAAUUGAUCAAGUGGAGGACGGACUUGCUGGACAGCGGCGCCGGCAGUAGCAAGAGUGACAAGGAUGAUGAUGCCAUACCAAUGGAUGAUGAGCUUGCUAUUGUUGUUGCUAACGAACCUGCAGCAUUAGCAAUUCAUUGUGGUGAUACAGACGAUGAUGACGGGGAGGGAUAUGAUGCUAAUGGCCAUCACAUAAGUGUAAGUGUUGACGAAAAUAGGGAAUCUGCUAUGGCUAGAGCUGAGGAGAUACAGUCAAAUUUACCCGCAGAACAUCCUAGCUUCAUCAAGCAUAUGCUAAGAUCCCACGUCAUCAAGGGUUUUUGGCUGGGUUUACCAAAACACUUUUGUGACAAGCAUCUUCCGAAUAGAGAUGUCGUAAUUGUGCUAGAAGAUGAGAAUGGAGAGGACCAUGAUACGACUUACCUUGGAUACAAGCAGGGACUCAGCGCUGGGUGGAGAGGUUUCGCAAUUGAUCAUGGUAUUAAGGUUGGAGAUGUUGUGGUUUUUGAGCUUGUGAAGUCAACGAAAUUCAAGGUAUACAUUGUCAGAGCAAAUGGAUUUAAAACAGCAGAUGUAGAUCCCAAUCUGCUGAAUUUGGAAGCGCGCAAGAAAGGAGAAGAACAAAGCUGUGAAGAUGUCAUAACUGAGGAGGACACGGAGGACACCACAAACAAUAAUCGCGAAGUGCCUCCAAGUGAUGGCAGCAGCAGGAAUGGCAUCGGGAUUUCAUAUUCAGAGAUCGAUUUCGAUGACGUGACAAGUUUCAGCGACGUCAACGUCAUCCUGGUCUGCCUGGCCACCGACUGCGAAUUCCAUGAUCGCCUACGCAGGACGUACUACGAGCUCUGCUGCUCCCAGAAGUCGCUUCUUCACAAGCACCUGCUCAAGCAGCUGCAUCCCACCCUCGUUGCGGGAGUGAUCAUGGAGAUGGUCAGCAUCGCCGACGGUAUCAGGGCCUGCAAAGCGGAAGCCUCUUCCCGCGAGGACUUCCUGGUCUGGAAGAAGACGCUGGAGGCCUUUGAGCUCCUGGGCAUGAACGUUGCGUUCUUGCUCAAUCGUGUCAAUGGUCUUCUUGGUGUUGCUUCUCGGUCGAGAGAAUCCUAUGCAGAGUGGCAGGAUAAGUAUGAGGAAUUGAAACUGGAGCGGGCUCGUGCCGGGGUCAAAAUGAAGGCUCUUGAGCUUCAGCUGUCGACUGUGAUGUGA